AGGACAAAUAUUUAGAACUUACUCGGUCGACAUGUGAUGGUAGACUAUCAGGAUACACUCUACACAUGAAUGUUUAGACAGCAGGUAAUGUUUCAUGAGUUCUGAGAUGAAUACCACGGCUAUCUACGGACACUUGUAUAACAUACUGUACGGAUGCAGGUUCCAGCUGCAACCAGCUGCAACCAGCUGCAACUGGUCAUGUAAAGGAUACAUUUUGCAUUGGGCAAAUAAAAUCUGACGUUUCUAAGUGAAAUAACCAACUUUUGAAGCCUUUUAAAAAAAGAAAUGCCAUCAAAAACAGGGUGAUGAAAUUAGGACAACGCAUCAGAAUGUGAUCCAGGCACUGUGAAAUAGCAUUCAUGUAACAAAAGUAUUUUUGACAUUUAGUGACUAAUGUAAUUAACCUCUCAGUGGCCAGCUUAUUAGGUACAUCCAUGUAGUUCCAGGUCAGACCCAUUUGCCGCCUGAACCUCAAGUCUUCAUGACAUGGAUAAACGGCAACCAUGUCCAACGAUGUUGGUCCUUCCCAAUAUGAUGGCGUGGUCGCUGCUGAUUGGAAGACGGUACGUUUGUGCUAAUCACCAUCUCAUCCCAGACGUGCACUUUUGGAUUCCGGGGUCCACUUUCCCAGAUGUGGUUCCGCACACCACUGUUGUAUACGCCUCCAUUUAUGGCCUGCCAGUCAGCUUGCACGAUUCUUCCCGUCUUAAUUUAACCCUGGACAGUUGAGAAGCCCAGGAGGGUGAUGGCUGAGAAGCCCAAGAGGAUGACGGCUGAGAAGCCCAAGAGGAUGACGGCUGUGAAGCCCAGGAGGGUGACGGCUGAGAAGCCCAGGAGGGUGACGGCUGAGAAGCCCAGGAGGGUGACUGUUGAGACGCCCAGGAGGGUGACGGCUGAGAAGCCCAGGAGGGUGACGGCUGAGAAGCCCAGGAGGGUGACGGCUGAGAAGCCCAGGAGGGUGACUGCUGAGAAGCCCAGGUGGGUGACGGCUGAGAAGCCCAGGAGGGUGACUGAAGGCUUUGAUGCCUGUCUGCCUGCUUCUGCAGACGUGACUGAGUGUAGAAGCAGGUUUUUUUUUGGUGAACUGUCCGGUAUAUCUAAUAAACAGGCCAAUCUGUGUAUGUGGUUGAGGUAUGAGUGUUUAUGGACUUACCUCCAAAACAAUUUCUUUCCCACUUCUCAGCAGAUAGCAACAAACGUGUCCCAGUACACAACAACAGAACCCUGGUUGUAGGCUUAACGACCCAUGAACUUGAUCUGUCAGCAUUCCUGUUGGGAGCUAAAUGCCACACUGUCAUGGCUGCC